AUGUUAGUACGAUUACGCUCAAAAGAAGGAACUGUUCGCAUGGAAGUUGAUCCAAAUGAAGAUGUAACUUCAUUAGGAGAAAAGAUAGCAAAACAAUAUAAUUUAAGCGACCUUUCAACUAUUGCUAUUUCUGACAGGCCAACUACUUCUCAACCGAUAAUUCAGUUAGCAGGCCAAACUCUUAGUCAAAUAGGACUUAGUCAUGGAGCUCUUGUUUUUGUUACAUUUAACGAUUCAACAACAACGGCAACAACUGGAUCAAACGCAUCGUCGUCAAGUUCAACGACAACACGAACAGAAAACGGCACUGACAAAAACUCAAUUGAAAUACAACAACAACAACAACAACAAAUUUCACUUGAUGAUAUGUUUGAGAAACAAGAUGGUCUGAUAAAGCGUGAAAGAGAUCCUAAAUUUUGCAAACAUGCUGGAAAAGGAAUGUGUGAUUAUUGUAUGCCGUUAGAGAAUAUGAAAUUUAUUCCACCACUAGAAGAACCAGACUUUAAAGUAAAAACUAAUUGUUCAAGUGGUCAUGCACCAUGGCCUGAAGGGAUUUGUACAAAAUGUCAACCAAGCGCCGUCACCUUACAACUUCAACAAUAUCGCAUGGUGGAUCAUGUAGAAUUUUCUGUGUCAAGUUUAAUUAAUGAUUUUAUUAAUUUUUGGCGAUCUACUGGAUAUCAAAGAUUUGGAUAUUUAUAUGGUAGAUAUGAAUCAUAUCCUGACGUACCACUAGGAGUAAAAGCUGUUGUUGAAGCAAUAUAUGAACCACCACAAGAAGAUGAAGUAAAUGAGUUGUCCUUGACACUUCCAUGGAAUGAAGAAAGUUUAAUUGAUGAAGUUGCUGCGGAAUGUGGUUUGACUAAGGUCGGGAUGAUUUACACAGAUCUUGUAGAUGAUGGAACAGGACAAGGAAAAGUUAUUUGUAAAAGACACAUUGAUUCAUAUUUUCUUUCAUCCCAGGAAUGUUGUUUUUCAGCGACAAUGCAGAAUAAGCAUCCAACGCAUACAAAAUGGAGCGUAUCCAAACAAUUUGAUAGUAGAUUCGUUACGUGUGUGGUGACAGGAAAUGAAAAUGGUGACAUUGAUGUUUCAUCAUACCAAGUUUCAAACACAUGUGCAGCCAUGGUAUCUGCCGACAUUAUUGAACCUAGCGUAGAUCCAAGCAUAAUGAGAGUAAAAGAGAGCACCUCAAAAAGAUAUGUGCCUGAAGUAUUUUAUAAUUAUAAAAAUAAAUACGGUAUUGAAGUUAAAGAAAGUGCAAAACCUAGCUUUCCCGUUGAAUAUCUGUUGGUUAAUGUAAGAUUAUUGUUAUUAAGUGUAUUGGAAACUCAGGAUUUAAGAAAUUUACAUAUUUACCUUGGAUCUACAUCCAGUGAAGACAUUGAUAACGAAUUACUUUCUAAUUUCCAAUUAUUAACUUAUAUAAAAAGCACAGAUAUUCUAGAUCAGCAAUCAUGA